AUGUCCCAGUUAUACGACCCCAACACGGCUGUCUAUCUCAAUCCAGCCGUCAAUCGCAAGGUGGCGGUGGUCACCGGGGGUGCCGGUGGCCUCGGCUGGUACACCAUUCUCCACUUGUAUCUUCAUGGAUAUGUGGUAUAUAUGGCAGCAAGAAAUCCGGCUAAAGUGGAGAAAGCGAUUGCUGAUAUCAAAGCGGAAGCCAAGCGAAGAUCGCCAGGUCCUACGGUGGGGAAACUUCACUUCGUGGAGAUGGACUUAACUCUGCUCCAACUGGUAAAAAAUGCCGCUGAUACUUUGGCGAACAAGGAGACGAAGAUUGACAUAUUGAUCAACAAUGCUGGCAUCAUGGCUGUCCCGUAUGAGAUUACUCAGGAUGGGUAUGAGAUUCAGUACCAAGUGAACUUUGUGAGCCACAUGCUUUUGACCCUUAGGCUUCUACCCCAAUUGGAGGCGUCCCCAUCACCCCGAGUAGUGUUUGUGACGCUGUUGGGCCACUAUCUUUCUUACCGCUACUUUGAACCCAGUGAUACCCUCCACUACUGGCCGGAUGCUCUCUGGUCGUGGGUGCGCUACGGGGUUGCGAAACUGGCGGAUAUCCAGUUCACUAAGUAUAUGGCUAGGGAACACCCUCGCAUUCUCUGGCUUUCAGUGCACCCGGGGAUCGUGCCUGGCACCGACUUGGCUGCGCUGUGGACCCAGGGCCCUGCGUCAAGCCAAGUUUUCACCCGUUUAAAUCUGGUGAUUGCCUCUACUUGGGGCAUUAGUAACGAGCAAGGGUCGUUUUCGACCCUUCGAGCGGCUUUUGAUCCGCAUUUGCUGGCGAAGGGGGAUAAUGGCAAGUUUUUGACUACGGGAGGCGCCGAGGGAAGCGUGCAGUGGGUGGCGAAUAAUCCCGAUAAUGCUAAGCGGACGGUGGAGUACAACGUCGCCCAGUUGCGGGCCAACGGGUAUUUGUAG